UGGGCCGCGCCCCGCCCCGCCGUCUCGCGGGCACAAGUGGCGUCGCUUUGCGAGUGUGAGCUUCUGCUCUCUGCCAGGUUCAAUCUGUCUUUUGAAAGUUGCACUGAAGGCCCGAGAGCUCCCAGGUCGCCGCGGAAUGGUCUGGACGCUCUAAGCACCUUUUCCGUACAGUAAUAUGGCGGCGCCCAUGGGCUCCGUAUUAUUAUUUUUAAUGGUGACUGUUUAGUUUGUGCUAUUUCCGUGAGGAAGUCUGAGAAGUCGGCGUGCAUUUUUCCUGCCGUGGACGAGGACACUUUCAACCUUUUAAGGAUUUGUUGACUUCCAUACCUGAAGAAUGUGGACCUAGUGGCUAGAUCCAAGAACUAAAGCAAGAAGUUAUGGAAGACAUGAGAGGAUAGAGGGAGGAUCCUAUUGAGAUUUGAGAUAAUAGCAAGUUAAAAUCUUCCUUGUCUAAGUUGGAUGAAAAAUUUUGAAUGAUCAACUCUGAAAUGAAAAGUUUAUAUGAAAACAUUGCAGUUUUCCAUAGAGUUGUUAUAUAUAUGAACAUUUAGGAAUGCUAAAUUCUCUUUUGUGCACAUCAAAUCUGUCUAUGUGCAUGAAGUACAUGUUUACUGAAAUACGGACUAUUUAAGAACUUGAUAUUCAGAGUUCAGUUUUACUUCAUUUUCAGACGUUCUUGAAGGAAGAAUAUGUCUGUGGUACACCAGCUAUCAUCUGGGUGGUUACUGGAUCACCUUUCUUUCAUUAACAAGAUAAAUUACCAAUGUCAUCAACAUCACAAGCCUCAUUGCAGCAAAAAUAAGCCUCCUUCUUUUGUCAACUUUGAUUCUCUUCAAAUGGAUUCUUUGUCAUGUUUUGGUGCCUCUGCUCCAUGUACUGCUUUGGACUCUACCACUAAGCCAGAGAAUGAGGAUGGAGGAAAUUGUGAAGUGUUCACAGAAAAAUAUGUCUUUCGAACUGAACUAUUUAAUGUCACCAAACCUUAUAUAACUGCACCUGUUCACAAAAAACACCAACAAAGCAAUGAAGAAGAAAGUCUAAUGAAUGGUGUUAAGACAGAAAUCUCCAUUUCUGUUGUUGGGAAGAAGCGUAAAAGAUGUGUUCCUUUCAAUCACGGUGAAUUGGAUGCUAUGGAGUAUCAUAGAAAGAUCCGAGAACUGCUUUUGGAUGGAUCUUUACAGUUAAUCCAAGAAGGUGUCAGAAGUGGUUUUCUUUAUUCACUUGUUGAAAAUCGAGACAAGUGUAGUGGUGAACCCAUUAUUUUACCCCUUGAGACCUGCAGUUUGUCUGAACUAUGUGAAAUGGCAAAGCAUUUGCCUUCUCUGAAUAAUAUGGAACUUCAGACAUUACAAUUAAUGGAAGAUGAUACUUCUGUUACAGAGCAGGAUUUGUUUUCACGGGUUGUUGAAAACAAAUCUAGCUUCUCAAAAAUGAUUACUUUAAUGGGACAGAAAUACCUGCUGCCACCAAAAAGCAGUUUUCUUUUGUCUGAUAUUUCUUGUAUGCAGCCACUUCUGAACUGUAGGAAAAAAUUUGAUGUAAUUGUGAUUGAUCCACCAUGGCAAAAUAAGUCAGUUAAAAGAAGUAACAGGUACAGUUAUUUGUCAUCACUGCAAAUAAAACAGAUACCCAUUCCUGAACUGGCUGCACCAAACUGCCUAGUUGUUACUUGGGUGACCAAUAGACAGAAGCACCUGCGUUUUGUGAAGGAAGAGCUUUAUCCUUCUUGGUCUGUGGAGAUGCUUGCAGAAUGGCAUUGGGUAAAAAUCACCAAUUCGGGACAGUUUGUGUUCCCAUUAGACUCACCACACAAAAAGCCUUAUGAAGGUCUUAUGUUGGGGAGAGUUCAAGAAAAAGCUGCUUUACCAUUAAGGAACCCAGAUGUAAAUGUGCCGCCCCUUCCAGAUCACAAACUGAUUGUCAGUGUGCCUUGUAUUCUUCACUCACAUAAACCCCCUCUUGCUGAGGUUCUGAAAGAUUACAUCAAACCAGAUGGAGAAUGUUUGGAAUUAUUUGCUCGAAAUUUACAACCAGGUUGGACUAGUUGGGGCAAUGAAGUUCUCAAAUUUCAGCAUGUGGAUUAUUUUAUUGCUCUGGAGUCUGGACACUGAUGCUAAUGUUACUGAACAGUACUGUCCUCAUUGUUUCCUCACCCUUGUUCUCUUCAUCUCUGUUUUCCUUCAAUACAAACCUGUAUGCUUAGAAAUGUUAAUAGGAUUUGGUCUUUUAGUAAAGUGCUCAGAAAUGAAUAUCCUUCAGGUUAAUUUUAGAUGAAUCAUGCUUCACUAAUAUCCCAUGUUUUUCAAGACUCUACAAUUAAAGAUGUUAGCAGCUAGAACAAAGCAGCUAGAGCAGGCUAUUAAGUGUGGGUAGCAUAUGCUGUGGUCCUGCCUAUGAAUGUGUUUGUCAAUAUGGUAUUGUUAAAACGAAGUAAAAAGAGCUGGAAACUGGUAGCUCCUGCCUAUAAUCCUGACUACUCAGGAGGCUUAGAUCUGAGGAUCAUGGUUUG